CGCGCUGCUGGUUGCCUUCUUGGCACGACUGCGCACGUAGAGCGCAGAGUAGCUGUGUGGUCAGAACAAGGCGCACCCGACCGUGAGCUCACGCGCCAGAUCCAGUGCGACAAGAAGUGCCCCUUCGCACGCUUGUGGCCAUUCACGAAUCCUCAGUCGUUUGGCCUUGUCGAUGUCUGCUGCCAGCUCCACAGGUCCACCGUCUGUGGAGCAUCAAGUGGAAAGCCUGCGUGCUCAAGUGGCUCAACUCAUGCAGGAGAAGCUCGAGAUGCAGACACGGUACCAGCGGCGCAUCGACUUUCUCGAGCGACAAGUCGAAUCUGCUCGCGCGACACGGUCGUACUACAACCGCCGACGAUCGAGCUCCAUCAGCAGCUCCGAAGGCGGCUCCAUCGACUGGACGUACCAUCCGUCCAUGUCGAGUCGACAAACGUGCUCGAUGGUGGCGGAACAGGACACAAGGGCACCCGCCGCGGCGGGUCCACUGAAACGCAACUGGAAGGAAAUGCUGCGGCAUCUCCUCGGAAACAAAAGGUCUCGCGAUUCCACGUCGACCAACAGCGCGACCCACCAGUCAUCCCUCUGGGAGGCAAAAGCCACGACGGGAGGCAAGAUCGUGUUUGUCAACUCUGAGUCAAAGCCAAAGAAGAAGCGCCGAGGCGUGUCUGGCGAGUCGUCGUGGGUCUAGUUUGCAUGGGGUGUUGUAGCAGUUGGUUGUCGCGAGUUAACAGUGGUGUGGAACCAGUCGUUUGUUGCUGUGUCCAUCAAAACUAUAAACUUUGAUCUCGUU